AUGGCUUCUAAAAGCUCAGGAAAAAAUGUUCCAGCGCCACAAGCGCCAGCAAGUUCUAUUAGUCGAAAGAGAACAAAAACCUUAUCAAAGUCUGAUCGUGCAGGAUUAUCUUUCCCAGUAGGACGUAUAUUUCGUUAUCUAAAACGGGGACGUUAUUCAAAUCGUAUAAGUGCAGGUUCUGCAGUUUACCUUGCAGCAGUAUUAGAAUAUUUAUGCGCGGAAGUGUUAGAAUUGUCUGGUGACGCAGCUCGUGAUCAUCAAAAAACUCGUAUCACCCCACGUCACAUACAACUUGCCGUGAGAAAUGACGAAGAACUUAAUCAAUUUUUAGGGGGUGUAACUAUAGCAAAUGGAGGUGUGUUACCACGCAUACACGACGAAUUAAUGGCUGCUAAAGUCAAAAGAGCCAGUGGCGAAAAAUCUAGUAAAGCUUCUAAAUCCGGAGGACCCGAUGAAACUGAUAAAUAUGAUGAAAUGGACAAUGACCAAGAAGAUGCAGAAGAAUAA